AUGACCUCCAAGCUUGACUACAAACAGGAGGUGGACGAGCAGGUUCCUGCGUCCGCUUCCACAUCCGUAACCAUGCCUGUCAAUGAAAAGAAGGAUGCCUAUGACCAAAGUGAAGACAUCUCUUCCAUCGCUACUUCUGAAGCAACCCCUGGCUCUGCGCCAGUGCAACUGUAUCACAAGCCUCCCACGAGGCAGUUCGUCUUGAUCUUGAUUGCAUUAUCACUGUGUGUCUUCCUUGCAAGUCUGGAUCAAAUCAUUGUUUCGACAUCCAUUCCUGCAAUUACCCGUGAAUAUAACUCUCUCAAUGAUAUUUCAUGGCUCGGUACUGCUUAUAUGAUGACUUCUACUGCCUUCCAACCAUUAUACGGCAAGUUUUCUGAUAUCUUUGGCCGCAAGACAACUAUGCUCUUUGCAAACAUUGUCUUCUUGGUCGGAUCUGCGAUUUCAGGAUGGGCUACAUCAAUGGCAAUGUUGAUUAUUGGUCGCGGUAUUUCAGGAAUCGGUGCUGGUGGAUUGAUGGCCAUGGUCUUUGUCAUUCUUUCUGAUAUGUUGGAUAUGCGUGAGCGUGGUAAAUACAUUGGAUUCAUUGGUGGAAUCUUCUCAUUCUCAUCCGUCAUUGGUCCAUUAAUGGGAGGCGCAUUUACAGAUCAUUUGACUUGGCGCUGGUCAUUCUGGAUCAACUUGCCCGUCGGUGCCAUCUCCAUUCUCUUUAUUUUCUUCAACUUGGAUCUGCCUACGCCUCCCGGUAGUUUCACAGAUAAACUUACUCGCAUCGAUUAUUACGGAUCACUCCUGUUGAUGGGUGCUGUUAUCUUGAUUCUUUUGCCACUCAGCUGGGGCGGUAACGAGUAUGAAUGGAGCUCUGGCAUCAUCAUUGGGAUGCUUGUCGCUGGAUUUGUUGUCGCGGGUAUUUUCAUCAUCGUUGAAUGGAAAGUUCCAAAGGAGCCCAUUGUACCCAUUCAUUUGUUCAAGCUCCGAAACCUUUGGUCGACCUACAGCUCUGUCUUCUUCAGCGGCAUGUCGUUCUUUGGUAUUCUUUUCUACUUACCUGUGUAUUUCCAAGUUGUCAAGAAUGAGUCUGCGACGGUCGGAGGACUUGAAACUGUCCCAUUCGCCAUUGGUAUUGUCCUCACUUCCAUUUCAUCUGGUAUCUGGGUCCUCAAGCGAGGCACAUACGCCUUUUUCCCAGCUGUUGGCGGCAUUAUCUUCCUUGCUGGUUCAGCACUCUGCCUUCUCUUUGAGAAGGACACGCCUCGUGUUGCUCACGUCUUUAUCUUGUUCAUUUGCGGUAUGGGUAUGGGUUUGAGUAUGCAGGCAUGCACCUUGGCUGUCCAAGCAGCUGUGAAGCCCAAAUACAUGGCUACAGUGACGACCUGUAUCCAGUUUAUGCGUACAUUGGGCCAAGUUUUCGGUGUAGCCAUUGUGGGUUCCGUCUUUAACAACAAGUUGCAUGAGAAGUUAUUGAACGCAUUCAAUGGUGACAAGACGGUCUUGAGAGUGACUCUGGACUACAGCCAAAUUUACACUUACACCAAUGACAAGAUUGAUCUCAUCUUUGAAAGCUUUAUUAGUGCUCUUCACUAUGUCUAUUAUUGUUGUAUUGCAUUCUGUGUGUUGGCUUUCGUCAUGGCCUGCUUUAUCCAGCAUAAGGAGCUCAAGACUAAUGCAAACCAGAAGCCUCAAGUCGAGAUGACAGUUGAGAUGGCUUAA